UUCUCUUUCUUAAUGUAUAUUUGAUUGAUUGGGUGUAUUUGUUCACUGAAGGUUGGAGAAUACUGCUUGGCUAUACUGCUGCUGUAGUUUAUUGCACUUUUCUUUGGCAUACAUUGAUGUGGUGUGCGUGUGCUCGUGUCGUUCUCGCGAAUUUCCUCCUAACUUAAUGGGUUCACGAGAGAUAACACAAUCACCAGUGCAAAUGACAGUGAUUCGUCAAUCUGCAGAAGACCGUCGGAACGCACAGAAAUAAAAAAUGCAGCCGCUCACCAAGUUCGUGACAGAUGUGUUGGCCAAAAAUGUGAGCAACGCUGGAACCGAUUUAAAUUCCAUUGCCAAGUAUUUUGAUUUGCUCAACGCCGUGGAUGGUGUUGACGUAAUUACGGCAGUAAGCGGUGGCGUUAUUGAUACCACUACUGAAGACGUAUCGGUACAGUCAUCUGGACUUGCCGUCUUCGUUAUUAAUGGACAAUCUUCUUCUAACGACAUCAUGCCCACAGACGCUUCGACGUUACAGGCCGCCAGCGUGAACUGGCUGUCUCUAGGGGUGGUCGUAGUUCUGUCCAUCAUUGUCCUGUUAACCAUAUGUGGCAAUUUGCUCAUCUUGGCAGCUGUCCUCUUCAAUUCCAACCUGCGUGGCCCUACCCACAUCCUAAUAGCCAAUUUGGCAGUUGCUGAUCUUCUUUUAGGAUUCCUAGUUCUACCCUUCUCCGCAACACUAGAGGUGACGGGCAACUGGUAUUUCGGGGCCGUCUUUUGCGACGUGUGGGCGGCCGUCGACGUGCUCUGCUGCACGGCAUCCAUCAUGUCGCUCUGCGUCAUCUCCGUCGACCGCUACAUCGGCGUGACCAGGCCGCUGAAUUACUAUUCGAUCGUCACAGCAAAACGUUCUACUGUACUCUGUCUGAUUGUCUGGAUCUCUUCGUUAUCGAUCAGCAUCGGUCCGCUCUUGGGCUGGAAAGAGCGAAAUGAUUUCUCUUUAGGAUCUGUUAAUGAUUCGUCGCCGGCGGUUUCGACGACAAUAUUGGACUCGUCCGAGCUACAAGCCUGCAAUGUCAACAAGGAAAAAGCGUAUGUCCUCUUCUCAGCCAUAGGCUCUUUCUAUUUGCCGACUUUGAUCAUCUUGGCUAUCUACUGGCGCAUUUAUCGGACGGCCGUCAAACAGACCAAGUUUUUAGAGAGUGGAACCAAGACGGACAAGUCAACUUCGUCGCUCAGUGGCAGUGAAGUUUUGACGCUGCGGGUUCACGUUGGACGCGCCAUUCCGUUGAAACCCGUGUCGACGACAGCGGUCAGCCAUCACCGUACCUCGAAUCACCUCCAUGCCGCAAAAGGCCGUCCGGUAGCCCGUCCGUCUGCGUUUGACUCGUCGACAAACAUCAGUGAUCGAUCUCCUAUCACUCCGUCUUCACGUGGAAAGAACAACAAAAGUUGUCGGUCAUCUCAAGCGUCCCAGCUUCCUUUAGACUCCUCGCCCCCUCCGCUGAACAGUGAGCUAGCCAAGGAUCUGAACGAAUUGACCACUGGCGCUGUAAUGAAAAAGAAAGGCCUAGCGAAUCACUUUCAAAGAAAAAACUCAUCAAGGCGGCCUUCUAACGCAACGAACAACUCGCUCACGCCAACGACUGGUACGACGUUGACAGUGAAUGCAAGCGGUGCAGCAGUAUCGAGCAACAGUGGCGGAUCCACGGGAUUGUCAGCCAAAAUGUUUAAAUUUCGACGUCAAAAGAAAGCAGCCAAAACCUUAGGAAUUGUCGUUGGAGCCUUUCUGCUCUGCUGGUUCCCGUUCUUCGUUAUCUUGCCAGUUGAGGCCCUUUGUUCAACGUGCAACAUCCCAUCACCGCUCUUCUCCUGCUGCUUCUGGCUCGGCUACUGCAACAGCUGCCUCAAUCCGUUCAUCUACGCCAGUACCAGUCGCGAGUUCAAACGCGCCUUCUCCAAGAUCCUGUGCGGCCGACGGGCAAGAUGGCCCAGUGGCGCUGGUGGACGCAGUUUCAACCGAAAACCGCCGCAGAUUAUGGCUCCGUUGCAUUCACGUCACACCAGUGGAAACCCCUCGGUUGACAACGUUUCACCACCGUCCACUCUGGGCAAAACUAAUGUCCAGGUGUCAGCGACACCUUGCUUUGGCAGCGACCCUUGCGCUUUGAAUAGUACCUGAUCAUUAGCAGUGACUAGUACCUGAUGACUAAUGGCCCUUCAUCAUCGUUCGCAUAACGAGGGACGUUUUCACAUCUGGAACAACAAACAUUGCGAAGGGGCUUCAAACAAGAGAAAAUUUGCAAACGCGUGUUCGUUGCGACAGAAGGAGUUUCAAUCACGAACUGCCCGAGUGCAAUAUACUGCGAUGAAUCCUUAUUCAAAUUCAUUAACUCGUUGGUCAUCAGACUUUGAUGAAAGGACACCUCUUCAUUUACUUUGAACGUUGGCCGCUGUUAUUGUUGAUAUCUCAAGGUUUUCUUGGAUGAAACAAAACCUAUGCAUCAACCAUUUGCGUUAGAACUCUUUGAAGAUGCAAAACAAGAGAUGUGUGCUUUGUAACACUGCAAGAUAUGAAUCUCAUUACAAUAUCAUCUGCACUGUUUUCAUUUUUAUAGCCAAAACAUUUUCGAGACCAACAGUGUCGUUGAGACGGAGAGGAGAAGAUUGUCAAGUCAACGCGUUUUUUCGCGUUGAUGAACGACCCGGAGAACAUUUGCAUGAGAUUGCCAUUGGACGCAGCUGUUGUCCGCUUGAUCAUUGGAAGCCAACCUGCGAUGAAAACGAUAAAUAAUACCGACGGCUACACAAUACAUCAGAGAGAUUGUGCGCUGGCCUAUGCUCCCACGCAUAAUUUAUAGGCUAUAAUAAUGCCAUUGAGUUGCUAGCUCAUAGCUAAAUCACCUAGACUCACAUCUAGCCCGCAGAUGCAUGCCGUAUUUACAGAGAAGCUUAACGCUUAGCUCAUUUCAGAUUUUGAUUACAGGCGCAUUCCUGAAGGACGGACAGACGUCAAAUCCCUAUUACCUUUCUGUAGAUAUUAUGAUGCGUUGACUGGAGAAAGGCUAAGGGAGGAGCACAAUAAUCGGUAUUAGAAACGUCUAUGUUAAAAGACUUUAAAAAACUAUUCAAUUAUAAAUACGCUGGAAAUCUCAUACACGAAUAGAGGAAACGUCAUCGAUGGGAAAAAUUUUUUUAUCUUUAUUGUAGUAUUGGAAUGCUCUAGCAGAAGUCCACCUAUGCUGGGGAAUUGAUGCAUACGUUCAGGUCUGCAAUGCUAUGUGAAGCCCAAAUCGAUUUCACGUUUUUUUUUUGUUUUUUUUUUUGUGUUCGUUUAUAUCUUUGUUUCUAUCCAUGUUUUUUAAAAGGAGAGUUGGCUUCGUUUAGUUUACAUGUUGUCCGUUGGUUCUGACGUUGGCAGUUGCCUGAUCCCGCGGGCAUAUAGCGACUGCUCACCAUUAUUUGUGAAUUUAUCGUGAUUCUUGUUUCUUCACUGGUCGUUGGACAUCUUGCGUCUACACGGAGGACUUAUUCCCAGCGUAACAGUUUCCCCGCCGUCGCUCGGCUGAUUUUUUCCGAGCCUUGCAUCUCCGGACAUUAUCCAGCCGAUUCUAAUCGGAAUAAACGAAAGUGGAAAAAAAGAUGUCAUCUGGAACGAACACCAUCUUCUUCUAUUCUCGUUGGCCUUGGCGUCCAUUGUAUAACAUCAACUUGUUUUUUUUGUUUGGUUUUUCUUUUUCUUCGAUCCCACCAUUGAAUGGAUGGAUAUGUGUCUAACAAGUCACGUGCGCCUGCUUUGUGUCCUUACCACCCCCCAUUUGCGUUUGAACGAAACCUUAACCAAAUAAAGGCGCUUUCGACGUUUGACUUUUUUAAAAGUAAGAAACACAAUUAUUCAUGGCUCAAUGCAUCUUUGAAUUUAUGCGCAUCUUGCUCACGUCUCCUAUUUUGAAUCUUCUACUUUC